AUGUCGUUCGAUGAAUCCUUCCUCAGCCCAAGGGAUCUACUCACCAACAGCAAAACCUUCUGCUGUGACGGCCCGAGUUUCCUCAAGCUCCAACAGGCAACCCAGGCAACACUGGAUUUACCUUAUAAUGAUUCUAGUCUUAACUAUAGAGUGCCAUUCACAGAGCGGGGAAGGCAAGAGAUUACCAGCCAGUCUAUGGAUCUUGAGGGCGGAUAUCGUUCUGUUGGGGUUGUCUGUGACUACAUUCUCAAACUUUCGGCUACAGCAAAAGAGGAUUAUGAUGAAAUAUUCGAUGACCUCGAAAGGCUUUACGACGAUGAAUCAGACAACGAGAGUCUGCGUGCAGAAGUUCAGGCAACGAUCAAAGACCGAUUGGACAAAGUAAAUGACCUGUCUAAACAGUGCACGAGCACAACCGACAAUCUUGUGGCAGCUAUCGGAAACGUAACCGAGGGACAAAAGCUGGUCAAACAAGUCGGUGAGGAACUAGGGCGACAAGACACUGUCGACCGACUCCGCAAGUGUCACGAAGGUGACAUAAAUGGACAGGAGGAUUUUGAAAGUGACUGCAAAGCACUGGAUAUCCUGAAUGCAAGUUCGAUAAAUCUACAUGCAUAUAACCGCUCCUUUAGGGGUUUGCGCUGUUUCUAA